CUCUUCGAUGUAAACGGUAACUUUCCGUGUCUUGUUCUCUCCUCUGUCUUCCCUUCGCUGCUUAAAAACAUUCCCAAAUCCACAAAAGGAAUUAACUUUCCAUCAUCCAAAAGAGAAAUCAAAAUACCCAUACAAAGCAAUCACAGUAACGUGUACAAAAUUCACAAGAAGAUCAGUGAGAACUAUGUCCAGCGCAGAUGAGGAAAAAGAAGAAAAGGAGAGGCUUGUUGAGGCCACUACCAAAGUGGAGUACUUGGAGCCAUUGAUGUCAAAAGAGCUUCUCUGCAAAUUCCCCGACAACUCGGCCUUCGAUUUUGACUACACGCAGAGCUCAAUAUGGUCCCCUUUGGUCCCUCGGGCUUUCAGUCCCAUGGACUUGGACUUUGAUUUGGGUUUCAUAACACCAAGGAAUCUCUCAUUCGGGAUGGAGUUGGAUAUGGAUUUGGGCAACAAAAACAAGCUCAAGAAAGUCACUUCCAACAUCAAGAAGAAGAUCAGCACCACUGCCUUCAACAUCAAUCUUAAUCUUUUGAAAAUGAAGCAUAAGAAGAAAAUGAAGGCAUCUGAGUUCUCUCCAACUCCCAUAAAGAGCACAUGUUAUCCAGCCACCACGAAGGCAUGGACUAAGGUGCUAAAAGCUACGGCCAAACAUUUCAAGAAAAAGCAGAAGAAAGAUCACACGGCCUAUUGGAAGCCCUCCAACUAUUUGAUAGAUGGAAAUAUUUCAAGAUGAUUAUUCUAUUUGUAUUUUUUUCUUCUUUUUGUUAAUAAACUCGAUUUCGGUUUAUAAUUUUUUUUUUUUUUGGCAGAUAUUCUCUUCCUCUUAAUGUAUGCAUAUUGUAUUUAUAUUUUUGAA